UGUGUGACUGAGACAGAGAGAGACUCUUGGUGUUAGUGCGAGCGGCUUCUUUGGUUCCGUAGAUCUUCCGUAGACUCCGCAGAACCUUAUAUGUGUAACUUUUCCUACUUACAGAAACGACCAAAAAGGUCCCGGGAUUUGAGACCAUAACUCUCUCUCUCAUGAUCUCCAUGUUGCCCUACUUGUUUCCGCGCUUUGCGUACUCUAUCAUGACCGUGUAAAUAAGACAGAAAAACAACUACAACAAUAGGCGACGGACUCGCCGUAAAUCAAUUCCAAUCUUCCAUUUUCUUCUAAGUUUCCAGUUUUCGAACCGGUGUCGCGGAGCUCUGUUUGUGAUCACAACUAACGACGGAUGGUGCAGUGAUGAUUACUGCAAUCGUAAUUCUGAUUUAGAUCGUGCGUUCGACGAGUUAACAGAUACCUUCACGCAGAAUUUAGCGAUCAGAAACGCAGGGAUGAACAAAGGAGCUUUAUCGGGGAAGAAGCCAACGGCGUCUUCGAGGAUAGGAGCAGGAGGAACUGUUGAUGUGCGUAACCGGUGCCGAGAUAUCGAUCAACGUAUUGCUUUACGGGAGUUGUUCGUCAGAGGCAACAAACAGAAAUCUUCAACUCUGGGAGAAGAGGGAAAUACUGAUACAGCGAUUGCAAGUAGUGACUUCCUCUUCCACGACUCGUCAAUGCACAUGCAGUCGUGUGCUUUGCCUGGCGUUAUGCUGUCUAGGGAAGAAUGCGAAUAUCGUGGCUGCUGUUGCGUUUCGCUCAACAGUGACGGCAGUUUUUCCUCCGCAGCUGGCGCUGGACCUUUAGGUAGUAGUGGCUUGAGUGGAGCUUCUUCAGGAGGACCUUCUUCAUCAUCAUCUUCUGGCGCAGGUCCGUCAUCGUGCGACUUCUGUGCUCUCGAACGCUCUAGUGAGGUCGUGCAGACGGAGCUUCGUGCGCAGUCUGCUGCACGGUCCGGACGUUAUAUUGCAAGAGGUCUGUCAGAGUUCCCACAUUUUGUCGUCCUCGGAGCAAACGGAAUGAUCUUUCGACAAGAGGCGCUCGAGCACUGGGGCAAACUCGCUGAGCGCAUGCUAAUUCAGGCGUUUCUCGAAGAGGAUCUGCCCAAAUUGCUGUCCUCUCAACUUGAACACGCCUACCGACACUACGGCAUCGACUUCAUUCUCAGUUUGAACUACGCGAGCGAUUACCCUAGAAAGUUCGCGCAAGCGGGGAUUAGUGCGGUCGUUGCGGGUGAAGCGCCACGCAAUCUACGCAGUAGCAUCAAGAAACUUGUUCGCGGGAACGUGAAAGCACAGUGCCAAGGUGGGGUAUGCUACCUGCUGAAAACGAAGAUUCAACAGCUUCUACUGCGGCAAGAUCAAAUCUUCAGUCAACUUGCGGCAGGAGGACCGCAGCAUUCUAGUAGUGGAUCGUCCUCAUCAAGUGGAGGUAGCGCCGGGUCAUCUUCUUCCGGUGCACCGACUGGAGGUUCGUCAGCAUCGAGAAGUGCACGUGCAGCGGCUGCACAAGCAGGAGGAGCGCUAACGCCAAGUGGACGAAGCAGUUUGCAUUCGUGGACCGGUCUUAGUGCUGCGCGAGGUGGCGGCUCCUCAUCUUCCACAUCGUCAGGCGGUGCAGCAUCGACAGCAACAAGUGCCGCUAAGUCAGCUUUUUCAGUCUUGAUGUCCCCUUUUAAGUCGUCUUCUUCGGCUUAUGGUGGAGCGGGAGGUGGUGGUGGAGCAAGCGGAGGAUCUAGUACUAUAACAAUGUCGUCUUUGCCGUUUUCUGCGGCGUUUUCACCCCAAGCAGCUUAUCUUUCCGGUAACAACAAUGCGGAGAAGAUUGUCUUGUCGAUCUAUUUGUCACCAACCGAGAAGAACCCAGCACAAGUCGCUGCUUUGUCCCUAGCGACGGAAGCGAAGAAAUCCAGUGCAAGCGCUACCGUUGCUCCUGCGUCACGGAACGCGGACGAAGAGCCGCUCGUCCUAACCAACAAGCACGUUGUCGAUGUGCAGCGUCACGUCAGCGAUACUAUUGGCUUUCAUCUGCGACAGCUUUUUCACUGGAGUUUUGCUGAUUUGUUGGAGUUACUAGUGCGAAGACGAAGGCCUGAAAUUCACAGCGGCGCAUCAUCAUCAAAUGGUGGUUUGGGAGCAGGUUCCUCUGCGACAUCUUCUGGUGAAGAUAUGGCGGCACCUUCUCAGGAAGGGACUGAUGGAAGCUCCACAAGCAUGAUCGGAGACGUCACGUCAUCUUCAUCGAGCAAGGUUGAGGCUUCAUCUUCAACCUCUUUACCUGCGCUUCUGCGUCAAGAAGGGGCGCAGCUGCGUAGACAAAUCGAGGAUAUAGAGCGUGCAUGGACCGAAGCCUGUCCGCACCAUCGGCUCUAUGAUGUGAGAGUGUUGAUGCCCACAGCGCAACCUGCGGAAUGCCUCUUAAACGCGGAAGAGGUGGCUGAUCAGCGAGAUCAGAUCGUCAUGCUGAGUCCCUUCUGCCACUUCGACAAUAAGGAUAGUCAUUGGUGCAGUACAAGCAUUGGUAGUAGUACAGCUGGAGGUGAACAGCAGGGUGCUGGGAGUCAAGCUGGGGAUCGUCAAAUGAAUCAACAAGCUGGAGGAGGUGAAAGCGGGCAAGAAGCAUCAGCUGCUGAACUUUCAGGGAAAAGUGCAGAGAGAAAAGUAAAUGAAAGUAGUUCUAUACCUAGUCCUUCAGCAACCUCAAAAAAUGGCAGCUCCUCUCGUCGUCAAAUUACAUCUGUUUUACGUCGUAGCCCGUUCUUCGGCACCGUUGUAGUCCGUUUUCAGGGUCACCCUUUGUGGAAGGUUCAUCGUUGGCUCACCAGGAACGAUCGAGAACGCGAAUGUGAUCACUACAUUGCGGAUCGUUGGGUCUUUGUGCAGCAGAUACCUGUAGUGCCUGAGUGGCGUCACUCCGCAAGCGUGGCGCAGACUGCUCAUCCAGUAAAAGCGCCAGAAAUAGCAAGCGAAAGCAAACUAGGUUGUUUGAGGGAAGGAGCGAUGAAACAAACACCUGGUGUAGAUCAGGUAGGAGGAGGUGGUCCGCCCCCAAAAAUACCGGAGGAGUCAGACACCAUGAACAAUUUGUCGGACAAGAGAAGACAAGAGCGGCCAACUAGAUCACAUCAACUGGACGACUUGUGAUUUAGUUUUCUAUGAUGUUGGAGAAGAUGUAGUAGAUUUCUUCUUCAACUUCAUCCAUCCAACACCAACAUUCAUCCAAAUCCAUCCUUAUAUUGUUGUGAAUAUCGAUUUCCGAUCCCGAUUACGAUUUCGUACAACACACUGAUCUUGCUAUUUUUUGCGCUCAGUGAAAGAUAAGAACGAAAACUAAUGAUGUCAUCACGUUGCUCAUUGUUCUCACUCUAUCGUCUGAAAAUGUGCGCAUGUGAAAGUGGAUGCCUAGAAGAGGGUAAUCUUCUUGAAUAACGGAAAGCAGACGUUGUAAUGAAUGACUAGCUCCUGGGAGAGACGUACGAGAAAG